UAACUCACCUGUAUCACGUCUCUCUGUUCCAGGUGGAGACUGAGAGUCAGGAGCUGGUCGACGGCUCUCUCAUCGACCUUUGUGGCGCCACUCUGCUCUGGCGCACCGCUGAAGGCCUGUCCCGCACUCCCACCCUCAAACACCUGGAGGCGCUGCGGCAGGAGAUCAACGCGGCCCGCCCGCAGUGUCCCGUGGGCUUCAACACGCUGGCCUUCCCCUCCAUGCGUCGCAAGGACACGCCGGACGAGAAGCAGCCCUGGGUCUACCUCCAGUGCGGCCACGUGCACGGCUACCACAACUGGGGCAACCACCGCGAGGAGAGGGAGGGGCGGGAGGGCCGGCAGAGGGAGUGUCCCAUGUGCCGAGCCAAAGGGCCGUACGUGCCGCUGUGGCUGGGCUGCGAGGCGGGGUUUUAUGUGGACGCCGCCCCGCCCACUCACGCCUUUAACCCCUGCGGCCAUGUUUGUUCAGAGAAGACAGCGGGCUUCUGGAGUCAGAUCCCGCUACCGCACGGCACGCACACCUUCCACGCCGCCUGCCCCUUCUGUGCCCAGCAGCUGACUGGUGAGCAGGGCUUCGUCAGACUCAUCUUCCAGGGACCCCUCGACUAGCGGGGCGACUUCCCAGAAUCCUUUGGGUGACGCAGAGCGGGAAUAUUUUUUUGUUAAGACCCUGCGAUGAAAACGGGGAGCUACACAGAUUUGUUUUCUUUCCUCUGCAGUUAAGAUGAAAAACUUUUUUCUGGACUUUUUGUCUCUCUCAUUUUUAAGUGACCUUUGUAUUGCUUUUUCAUGAAUGACGACAAAGAUUUCUAUAUUUUCACGUGAAACCAGAGACACAAAAACCAAACAGAGAACACUGCUGGGUAAACCUUUUCGUUUGUUUCUCGGAAAGAACUUUCAACAUCAGUAUUUUUCUAAAUUACUAACAUACCGUAGUGCAAACAUACGGUUUUUGUUCGUGUUUAUUGUUGCAAUAUACAUCUGUGUACAUCUCUUAGAGCUAAUUUAAACAAAGAUGUUUAUUUAUGGCCCAGGAACCAUCGCUUCAUCCUUUAUCUGUCAGAUAUGCCUAACUUCAAUACUAUUUAGCAUUUUAAUUUGAAAAUACAGUACAUUAUUAAUCAGAUAUAAAGUUUAGGUGUGUUCUGAGGGUUUCGUUCAGUGUCUUUUCCUCCCAUGUUCGCCCCUCAGAUCUGUUUGUCGUAUUUAUACACCCCCGUCCUCUGGCGUGCUCUCACUUUGUGUGUUAACCCUUCAGUUGUACUUCUCGCCUUCUCACAUUCAAAGCAAUAGAUUUGGAACAGAAACCUCCUGAAGCAUCAUGGGAGUCUAUUAGGCAUCUGUGCAACGCUCAGACGGCCUGAACUGACUGCUCCCUCCCUUUAAAGUCCGAGUGACGCUGGCGAGGAUCACGUUAGCCAUGAUACCGCAGCUAUGUAGCACACACAAACACACACACACGUAUACAUAUAAACAUACACAGACCUGGUCAGAUACUUCUUAUUAUAGUGAAAUUGGAAAUAAAUUUGCACACAGAAACAGAUAUUGUAAAAAUGACUGCUGCUUAUUCCUUAUUCUGCUGUGAUGUUUGGGAUUCACCUGCACAGUUACAGCAAGGAUGACCCUUGUUUUUCCAUAUACGGUAUUUUGAUAAGUAUUAUUCUGAUCUUAUAAAUUAAGGUAUUUAUACUCAUCUUUUAGCAUCUUGCAGCAACAUAUUGACUGUUUUUAAACUAGGUAUUUAAAUGAAAACUUCCUCUAAAGUCAGCCUUGUAAAAUGUUUCAAGCUGGUGACGACAUGAGUUUUAUUUUGAAAAACGCUGCACUGUUUCAGGCACAAUUUGUGAGGAGGGGGACUCUCGUCUCUCUCACCUAAACUCAAACAGUGCAGGAUGUCCCAUCCAUCUGAACACGACACAAGAAAAACUGUAGCUGUUUGACUCAGGUGUGAUCCACACAAACACACGCAUGGUUACACAAUCAUCUGUAUGGAUGUGUGUGUUGACUCAUCAGGGCUUUGUGUUAAUUUGUGCUCUCCAAACAUUGUGUUGAAGUGGUCCCAUGGAGCAUUUAAGAGCUCUACAACGCCAGUUUAAAUUAUCAGGACCGCCUGUUCUCUGCAUUGACAAUGAUGGAAACUCUUGUGUUUAUAUAUUCUGACAGCUCUCUAAUAAUAGUCACAGGGACUAAACAAGACGGCGUCGUAACAAGCACGUGGUCACCAACAGAUUGACUUGUGAUAAAUGUGGUACAAGUUAAUCUAGUCUAAAAACCGGUCGACCACAGUUAAAAAGGCCUGAGGAUUAGUUAACCACAGAAACAAACUCUUUGUUUUUCCCUCGCCUAAAUUUAGCCCAACUUCGGAGAGAUAUUUCGCCACUUUUGCAAGAAACGAGCACAAAAAAGAUGAUGUGAUGUGACUGAAAGCUUGAUAACAGCAACUAAAUGG